AGCAGCCUACGAAAUUUCCGUAGGUGACAGCGCAUUUCCGUAGUAACCUGCCUGGCCUGCGCUCCUCCACCGCUGUCUGAAACAGCGUAACUUUAGAGUUCAUGCUCAGGCUUUCGUGACAGCUCGCCUGGCACGACCAGCGGAUUUCAAGGGCUGGAACACCUGUUUUCACGAACGAGAGCCAAAACAACACGGCCAAGAUGUUGAAUAUGUGGAAAGUGAGGGAGCUGGUUGAUAAAGCAACCAAUGUUGUGAUGAACUAUACAGAAAUUGAGUCUAAAGUUCGAGAAGCCACCAACGAUGACCCGUGGGGACCGUCUGGACAGUUUAUGGGGGAGAUCGCUAGGGCUACAUUCAUGUACGAGCAGUUUCCAGAGGUAAUGAACAUGCUGUGGACUAGAAUGUUGAAAGACAACAAGAAAAACUGGAGAAGAGUUUACAAGUCUUUAUUGCUGCUGGCGUACUUGAUCAGAAAUGGAUCUGAACGGGUUGUUACUAGUGCAAGAGAGCACCUGUAUGACUUGCGUUCAAUUGAGAGCUAUCAUCAUGUAGAUGAGAAUGGCAAGGACCAGGGUGUCAAUGUGCGUCAGAAGGUGAAGGAGAUGAUAGAGUUUGUUCAAGAUGAUGACAGAUUGAGAGAGGAGAGGAAGAAGGCAAAGAAAAACAGGGACAAGUAUAUAGGCGUGUCCUCUGACAGUAUGUCGGGCUUCAGAUACUCAGAGGACAAGUUUGAUUUUAGAGAGUCACGUUCCAAAUGGGAUGAAGACUGGGACAAAAGCAAGGGGGCUUUCCCUUUCAGUGACAAACUGGGAGAGAUCAGCGAUAAGAUCGGAAGCACCAUUGAUGACACCAUCAACGUGUUCCGCAGAAAAGACCGGGACGACUCGCCUGACAGAUUCAGUGAAGGAGAUGAGGACCGUCGGAGAACGCGAAACGGGCAGUCGGGGAAAUCAGAAUUUAAAGAUGAUGAAGAGACAGUGACAACCAAAAGCGUCCAGAUCGUCCAGGCCACAGAGACCACUGCCACUCGUAAGAGAGGAGGCAUUCCCUCCAAAGCGAUAGACCUGGGAGCAGCUGCAAAUUACACUGGCGAUAAACCCUCCACCAACACAAACACAAGCCAGACCACAUCAGCAGUGAGCCAGCCCAGUUCUGGUCUGGUGGACUUGUUCUCGGCAGAUCCUGCACCUGCUCAACCAGCUUCCCAAGGUUCAGGCUCUGACCUGAUUGGAGGUUUUGCUGAUUUCUCUUCUCCUGCAGCUGCAUCCAGUCUUCCAUCAUCAGCUGCCCCAGCGUCUAGUGGGAAUGGAGACUUUGGUGAUUGGAACGCUUUUCCUGCAGCCCAGACAGCCGUCCCUGCAGCUCAGCCUGUUAACCCUGCAGGAAUAGACCUUUUCUCAGGUCUGCAGGCGGCCCCUGCCCCUGCAUCCACAGCACCCUCAUCCGACUUCUUUGACCUAAUGGGCUCCACUCAGACCACUAACUUCAGCACCUCCCAAAGCAUGAACUUCUCCAUGACCACCUCUCAGACCAUUGGCAUGCCAACGUCCAAAUCACAGCCACUUCAGUCAAUGGGGAGCCCACUGAUGCCCCAGCAACCGAUGACCCAGAAGCCCAAUCCCAAAGCCUCUUUGCCUUCCACCUGGUCCAACUCUAAUGUAGACAUAAGCCUGGACUACCUUGGCCCUGGCAUGCAUCCACCCAAACCUUCUCAGCCCACACUCAGCAUGAUGCAGCAAGGAGUUCAGACUCCUGUGAAUAUGAUGACUCAGGGCUUUGCUGGAAUGAACCUGGGCAUGCAGUCUGCUCCUACAAUGGUCAGACCGCCCACCAACACCAUGAUGGGAGGAAUGAACAUGGGCAUGCAGCCUGGCAUGACAGGUAACACCAUGCCCAUGCCAACCAUGGGAGGGAUGCCAGUCAAUCAGGGCAUGAUGGGAAUGAAUAUGAACAUGGGAAUGUCCACAGCUCAAAUGGGGAUGCCAGGAGGCAUGGGCAUGGGUACGGGAAUGCCGGUCAUGGGCAUGAACCCUGCCAUGGGACAGCCUAAACAAGAUGCCUUUGCAGAUUUUGCCAACUUUGGGAAAUGAACUGCAGAGUAUUAAGUGAGCAGUCCUUCUUUAGAUGUGACCAUGAAGAACCUAUGAAGAGCUAGAAGACAAAGACUACUUGAAAGAUGUCAAAUAAAGCCACGCAGGAAAUGUCUGUUUAAAUGAUGCUCAUGUACAACUGGAUGAUUAUAUUCUUUUCAAUGUUCUUCUGAUCAGCUGUACCAAGGAGCCCUAUCGAGGGUGGCUGGUUUGUGCUCAGAAUCAUUUCAGUCAUUGCACACGCACGUCCUACGUUUCCAUUGUGUCGGGAUAUCACUUUAAGCAAUGUGAUGAUCGUGAAUGACUCCGGUUGACUUUCUCCUGUCACGUAACUUCUUAAUUUAACCCAGGAAGUAUUGGGUUCCUAAUACUGUAGAAAAAUCCUAACGAUCAAUUCUGGCCUUUCCUCUACUCUGCCUUAAGAUGAUAACCUGUAAAUAUUUUUGCGAGCAGACAAUAAGUUAUUGAGUUACAAGAUUAAUUAAUUAUGAUGGUGAGGAUUUUUGUAUGGAGUAAAGUUUGUGAUCACUUGCCAUUUUUGUAUUAGAUUUUUAUUCAAAUCACCAUUUUCUGAAGAGAAAUGAAGUACUCAAACAUCAAGAUGAUUGAAUGACGAUUCCAAAUCAAAACCUUUGUGGCCUUAAAUAGUUAAAGUCUACUUUUUCAAUGAAAAUCUGAUCUACUUUGCAUCUUUAUGAAAAUGUAAAAUCUGUCCUUAAAACACAUGGUGCCUGUCAGUCUCUUGCCUUUUUUUUCUAAAAAAAACAAACUCUUAGGACGAUAUGAAAAGUACAGUAUUUAUUAAAGGUACUGUUAAAGAAGAUAUAUAUCUAGUUGAGUACACAAGUGCACAUUUUUUUAUGUUUUUGCAUGGAUAUAAGGAAGAGUUUGGGUGACUAAAAGGAUUUUAUGUAUAAUUGAACCUGAUACGGGUUCGUAUUUUUAUGCAGUUCUGCUUAUGCUGAGUGUAAGUUGAGGCUGUGUGUUUGUAAAGCCUGGUAGCAAACAGUUGGAUGCUGUAUCCAGAGGACCAUCACUGUAUUGUCAAGAUCAUCUGUUUUUGUCCACAGUGUCCACUUAAGUUAACUAAGCCCCUCUCUUCCAAUCUGAGGCUUUUUACAAGCAAAAUGACCAAAUUCUUCCUUGUUUCUUUUUUUCUGAAGGGUUGGUUUAGGUUUUUGUAGUCAGAUUUGUUGGGUUCUGUGGGAUCUCAAUUAUUGAGUUGUUAGGGGUUAGGGAGUGUUAAAGGAAACACUAUAUGUUUAUGCAAAUCUACAGCAAGCAACAAAAAGCUAAAUCUUCCACUGAGAAUGUUUAAUGUUUUCAGUUUCAUACAAUGACUUGAUUGUACUUCUGAUCUUUAAUGAAUGACAAUAAAGAUUUGAUUUCCAUUUUCA